AUGUCUGAUCAACCUUCCAGCGACGAAACCUUUACCAUCGAAGGAGUUCUCACAGAUGAUGAUAUCGGACGUCUUGAGAAGGCCGCAAUAAUCGAACCAAUUCCAUCCGAAUCAAAACACAGUGGCACCUGCACGGUCACGAUAUCCCGCCUCCAGUUAAACCCGAAGUUCCUACCGCCCGUGCCAUUUACAACAGCAGACGAUGAUAUCGACGGAGGAAAACCCUACCAAGUGAGUGUCCCAUUGUCAACAGAGAGUAUUGCGGUCCUUGAAUUCCUUGGCUUCACACCCGCAUCUGGGAGAGAGCUAUGGGCGGGGUUCAUUUGCCAACAGUCCACACCGCAUCCACUGGGAUUGAUGGACUAUGUAUAUGAACACAUCAGUCUUCUUCAGACCUCGCUAUUUCAGGAAAUGCCUAUCAAUAAAGCCAUGAUUUUGAUUGGUUUAGAGAGGAGCAUCAUUCAGACUUUGUUCGACCCUCGUUAUUCCAUGGUAUUAAAGUCAAACCGCAGCCUGCAUGCCUGGGUGAAGUAUGCUCUUGCGGACAAGUAUGCCAGGAUUCUUAGGUAUCAUAAAGACCUAAAAGGACGUGCUCUGUGGCUUCGUAUUUGGGGAGAUACUUAG